CCGCUAUACCAGUGAAAAAUGGCCGACAUACCUGUCUGCACCAAGACCUUCCCAUUGAACAACGGCCAGCUUAUGCCAGCCGUUGGCUUGGGCACCUGGCAAGGCGGCUACGGCACAAAGGACACCGAAGCCCUCGAACAAUCCAUCAUCGACGCCCUGCAAAGCGGCUACCGCCUAAUCGACACGGCCCAGUCCUACGGCGUCGAAUCCGUCGUCGGCCGCGCCAUCCGGAACAGCGGCGUCCCCCGGUCCGAGAUCACCGUGGUCACCAAGUUCUGGGGCGAAUGGCACCACGACCCGGCCGCGGCGCUGCAGAUUUCGCUCGACGCGCUGGACAUCGAAUACGUGGACGUCUUCCUCAUGCACUGGCCGUGGGCCACGACGCCCGCGCCCGAGAAGAGGCCGCUCCGCAAGAGCGAGUCCCCCACCAUCGUCGAGACGUGGAAGUUGAUGGAGAAGCUCGUGGGGCCGCGGUGCCGCGCCAUUGGCGUGAGCAAUUUCACGCAGAAGACGUUGGAGGAGAUUUUGGCCGAGGCGAGUGUGGUGCCGGCUGUCAACCAGGUGGAGGUUCAUGCCUUGAACCCGAACCAUAAUCUUGUUCCGUACUGCGAGUCGCAGCGCAUCCACGUCAUGGGAUGGAGUACGAUGGGCGGAGGAGGCGACAAGGCCAGCAACCCGAUGCAUACCCACAAACUCUUCCAGGGCCUUGCCCAGAAAUACGGCUGCUCCACCGGCGUCAUUUCGUUGUCGUGGGCCGUGCAGCGUGGCAUCACUGUGAUUCCCAAGAGCAGUUCCAAGGCCCGGAUCGAGGAGAACAUCAAGCUUGUCACCUUGGAUUUGCUAGAUAUGGCCAAGAUCAACGAUGCGCAGAAUACCAUCAAGAGAUUCAGGAUCGCCGACCAUAUCACGCCGCUGUGGAUGGAGAUGGAUGGUAAACCGACCAUGCAGGGGUGGUCCGUCGUUGAUUUUGGCUGGGAGGACGAACAAGGGAACUGGCUGGCUUAGGGGGGUGGAUAUGUAAGGAGAAGAAUAGAAGGGAGGCCGUUGUCCAUGUCGUUGUUUAUGUCGC